AUGGAAAAGACAGAAGUCAAGCCAGAAGAAUCCACGCUCAAGGCUCCUGAACUGGAGGGAGGAGCUAUCGACGAUGCGCCUCCGCUGGAAAAUACCCAGAAGAGUCGCUGGGAGCGCAGCUGGCCAACCAUUGCCUGCGGUGCUGGUCUUUUCUCAGAUGGCUAUCUCAAUGGUGUGAUCGGUCAAGUCAACACCAUGCUCGGCCAAAUCUACCCAGACACCUACACCAAAUCCCCCGCUAGCCAAAACGUCUCCUCCAUCGCCUUCGCCGGUACGGUCCUGGGCCAACUCGCUUUUGGCUACAUGGCCGACCACUGGUCGCGCAAAUGGGCCCUAAUGAUUUCUACCAUCAUCCUUAUCGUUUUCGGCGCCCUCUCCGCAGGCGCUUACGGUUACCACGGCAGUCAAUACGGCCUUUUCGCAGCGCUUACAGCCUACCGAUUCUUCUUGGGCGUUGGUAUCGGCGGCGAGUAUCCGGCUGGCUCUGUGGCUGCGGCGGAGAGCACGGGAGAGCUGAAAAAAGGGCAUCGCAAUCGGUGGUUUAUCAUCUUCACGAACUUUCAGAUCGAUAUGGGGUUUGUGCUUGCGGCGUUUGUGCCGAUGAUUCUGGUGUUGAUUUUCACGGAGGAUCAUCUGCGUGCGGCGUGGAGGGUUGCAUUGGGUUUGGGUGUGAUUCCGCCGUUGAGUUUGUUUUACUUGCGGUUGAAAUUGAAUGAGCCCGAGGAGUUUAAUCGCGAGCGUAUGCGCAAGUUUCCGAUUUGGUUAAUUAUCAAGUUCUAUUGGUGGCGUUUGACUAUCAUAUCCCUCGUCUGGUUCGUGUACGACUUUUCAACCUACUCCUUCAGCAUUUACUCGUCGAAAUGGGUGUCCAUUAUCCUGGGAGACAACGCGCCACUGUGGAAGUCGUUUGGUCUGAGCACUGUGAUCUACCUCUUCUACCUUCCUGGUUCAUUUGGCGGUGCCUUUGUCAGCGACUGGUUGGGCCCGCGCAGUACCUUAGUUCUUGGAGUUGGUCUUCAGGGGAUUAUUGGCUUCGUCAUGUCUGGAUGCUAUGAGUAUCUUGCGACGCCCAAGAAUGUUGCGGGUUUUGUGGUCGUCUACGGUAUCUUCGUUUCGCUUGGAGAACUAGGCCCCGGAGACAAUAUCGGACUUUGCGCGGCAAAGAGCAGCGCAACUGCUAUUCGUGGUCAGUACUACGGUAUCGCCGCAGCUGCGGGCAAGAUUGGUGCUUUUGUAGGCACGUAUGUCAUCCCGAUUAUACAGAAGAACGCUCCGAACGAGGUUCGAUCUGGUCAGGAUCCUUUCUUUGUAUCGAGUGCACUGUGCAUUUUCAGUGCCGUCGUCGCCUUCUUCCUCUUUCCGAAGAUUGGACAGGACACUAUCACCGAAGAGGACCAGAAAUUCCGCGCAUUCCUCGAAGCUAACGGCUAUGAUACUGCCACCAUGGGUAACGCGGAGCAAACAACGACAACGAUAACUAACCCCCCGGAGCAGUGA